CGCUCCACCCAAAAACGAAUCAGAAAUAGAAAAUACAAAGAGGCAUCGUCGUGUCUUUUGACCUGCUGAAAGAGCUCAUUGCAUUGGUUUUGGUGUAAAUCUCAUUGAGAUUGUGAUUUGGGGAAUUGGGUAUUGGAGUGUUUGGAUUGGAGAUGGCGAUUUCAAUGGAUAUUGCAAGUGGGUCUUGGAUGAAAACUGAUUUUUUGAAGGGGAAAAGGAGGAAUUGUAAGAGGGUGUGUUGUUCUUCCGCUAGUUUGAGAGAUCAAUACAGGACACUUAGAAUACAACCAGGUGCAUCUGAGAAGGAGGUGAAGAAGGCAUUCAGAAAGCUUGCUUUGCAGUAUCAUCCGGAUGUAUGCAAGGGAAGCAAUUGUCGGGUCCAGUUUCAUCAGAUUAAUGAAGCUUAUGAUAGUGUGAUGAGCAGUUUAAGGGAAUCAAGUUCAGAUGAUACAUACUCCUAUAAUGUAUGUAAUGAUGAUGGGUAUGGUGAAGAGUCCAUGAGGGGCAUGCAUGAUUCCAAUUGGGACUUAUGGGAGGAAUGGAUGGGAUGGGAAGGUGCUGGCAUCAGAGACUAUUCUUCUCACAUUAAUCCAUACAUUUGAUUUUAUUUUAUUUAAUGGCCAUGCAUGUUAAUCAUCAUGUAAAUAAAUUAUAUUUGGGUCAUAUUUUCUUAAUGACCUAGUACAUUGUACAUGGUAAAUAAUAAAAGGUCACAUCCCUUACUGGGUUUAUCUUA